GUACGGCAGCCCAGCAUCUCCAGGCCGGCACCGUUUGGUGGGACACUGCCCAAGGGGGCACCGGGGGCUCCAUGUAGAAAGGAAAGGAGAGGACAGGAGAGUCUGGUCCCAGCUUAGCACGGUUAGAAGAAGAGGCUCUGAGCUCGGCCCCAGGGAAGCCUUCAGUCACAGCAGGAUGGAGGAGCAGAACCUCGCCCGGCCCGAGCCGGAGCCCCAGAGAUGCGGCGACAUUGGCCAGGAGCCCAUCGGAUACGUGGGCAUCGACGCCGUGCUGGACCAGAUGAGACGCAAAGCCAUGAAAAAUGGCUUUGAGUUCAACAUUAUGGUGGUGGGACAGAGCGGUCUGGGGAAAUCCACCCUAGUGAACACUCUUUUCAAGUCCAAAGUGAUCCGGAAAUCUCCCGGCGCCACCAUACCCAAAACCGUGGAACUGAACGCAGUCAGCCAAGUGGUCGAGGAGAGGGGCAUGGAGAUGAGACUCACUGUAAUCGACACGCCGGGAUUCGGCGACCAGAUCAACAAUCAGAACUGCUGGGACCCCAUCAUUAAGUACAUACAUGAGCAGUACGAGAAGUACCUGAGGGAGGAAAUUCUCAUCAACCGCAAGCGCCGCAUCCCUGACUCUCGGAUCCACAGCUGUAUCUACUUCAUCCCCCCCACGGGCCACUGGCUGAGACCUCUGGACUUGGAGUUCAUGAAGCGAUUGGGCCGGAUUGUGAACGUGGUGCCGGUGAUCGCUAAAGCAGAUACUCUCACCUUGGAAGAGAGGGAGGAAUUCAAACAGAGGAUACGGAAGGACCUACAGACCCACGGUAUCAGCGUGUACCCACAGCCAGAGCUGGAUGAAGACCCAGUGGAUGCCUUAGUGAAUGACAAAAUUCGGGAGAAGAUUCCAUUCGCUGUGGUAGGAACAGAUGAGGAGCAUCAGGUGAACGGCAGGAAAGUCCUGGGCAGAAAGACCAAGUGGGGAGUCAUAGAAGUUGAGAACACGGCACACUGUGAAUUUGCCAACCUCCGGGAUCUGCUUAUCAGAUCCAACCUGCAGGACCUUAAAGACAUAACCCACAACAUCCACUAUGAGACCUACAGGGUCAGUCGGCUGAACGAGAAAUUCCAGUCAUCACAGACAAAAGAGGUGGGGGUUUUGUGAGCCCUCUCCCAGGAUCCCGAGACCGACAAUGUGCCUCCAGACUGGAUCAUUAUAGUCCAGCCAAUAUGGAACCAGCUGACUGCCAGGCCACUCCUACAGGGAAAUGAACUCUUAUCCACUGUAUAGGGAAACAGACUUGAUCCAUCGCAUUGGUCAGAGCAUUUACUGCAUGCAGCCUGUCUGUCCACAGGCAAAAAACAUAAUGCACAUCUAUCUGUAAGGGAAACACAUUCUAUUGCCUAUCUAUGCCACAGGCCCAGGCAAGCAAAUCUACUGCCUAUCUAUCCUAUCUACAAACAACUCUGUGUCACAGGGCCAGGCAAGCAAAUCUACUGCCUAUCUAUCCUAUCUACAAACAACUCUGUGUCACAGGGCCAGGCAAGCAAAUCUACUGCCUAUCUAUCCUAUCUGCACACAAAUCUGUCUCACAGGGCCAGGCAAGUAAAUCUACUGCCUAUCUAUCCUAUCUGCACACGAAUCUGUCUCACAGGGCCAGGCAAGCAAAUCUACUGCCUAUCUAUCCUAUCUGCAAACGACUCUGUGUCACAGGGCCAGGCAAGCAAAUCUACUGCCUAUCUAUCCUAUCUGCAAACGACUCUGUCUCACAGGCCCAGGCAAGCAAAUCUACUGCCUAUCUAUCCUAUCUACAAACGACUCUGUAUCACAGGGCCAGGCAAGCAAAUCUACUGCCUAUCUAUCGUAUCUGCAAACGACUCUGUAUCACAGGGCCAGGCAAGCAAAUCUACUGCCUAUCUAUCGUAUCUGCAAACGACUCUGUCUCACAGGCCCAGGCAAACAAAUCUACUGCCUAUCUAUCCUAUCUUCAAACGAAUCUGUCUCACAGGGCCAGGCAAACAAAUCUACUGCCUAUCUAUCCUAUCUGCAAACGACUCUGUCUCACAGGCCCAGGCAAGCAAAUCUACUGCCUAUCUAUCCUAUCUACAAACGUCUCACAAGGCCAGACAAAUCAAUUUAACCGUCCAUGUAUUUUACAGUGGAAGAACUCUCCCAUGGGCAAACAAAUACACUGCCUAUCUAUUGUACAGGGAAACAAUUCUACUGCCUAUCAGUUCAUCAGGCAAACUAUUCUACUGCCUAUCUGUUGUUCAGUGAACGUAAACUAAGGUCUAUUCAUUCUUCAGGCAAACUAUUCUACUGCCUAUCUGUUCUACAGGGAAAGUAAGCUACUCCUAUCCAUUCUUCAGGCAAACUAAUCUAUCUCAAGGGCAAUUCUUCUUCCAGUUUAUAGACUUCAGGUUUGCUCUGAAGGCAGUUAGGUGAGAUUUGGAGAGAAUGUCUAUUAUCUGUUCCAGAUACCCCUGCAAGCUCAGCUAGAAGGCCAGUUAGGGUAAGAUUUGAAGAGAAUGUCUAUUCUCUCUCUCCCAGAUACCCCUGCGAGCUCAGCUAGAAGGCCAAUUAGGGUGAGAUUUGAAGAGAAUGUCUAUUCUCUCUCUCCCAGAUACCCCUGCAAGCUCAGCUAGAAGGCCAAUUAGGGUGAGAUUUGGGGAGAAUGUCUAUUUGCUUUUUGAGAUACCACUGAAAGCACCAAUUAGAAGGCUAAUUAAGGUGAGAUUGGGGAGAAUGUCUGUUUACUCUCCUAGAUACCCUAGAAGGCCAGUUAGGGUGAGAUUUAGUGAAAACAUCUCUUCUUUCUCUUGAAUACCCAAUUAGAAUUUGAGUUAGGGUAAGAUAGGGGAGAAUGUCUAUUUGCUCUCCUACUGUAGAUACCCCUGGAAGACCAAUUAGGGUGAGAUUUGGGGAGAAUGUCUAUUUGCUCUCCUAUAGACCAAAGCCUAGCUAGAAGCCAGUUGGGGUGAGAUUUAGGGAGAACACCUCUUCUUUCUCUUAAAUGCCCUUGAAAACUCAAGUAGAAAGUGAGUUAGGGUAAGAUUGGGAAGAAUGUCUAUUUGCUCUCCUAGAUGCCCCUGAAAGCACCAACUGGAAGGCCAAUUAGGGUGAGAUUGGGGGAGAAUGUCUAUUUGCUCCCCUAGAAACCAUUGAAAGCCUAGCUAGAAGGCCAGUUAGGGUAAGAUUGAGGAGAAUGUCUAUUUGCUGUCCUAGAUACCCCUGAAAGCACCAACUGGAAGGCCAAUUAGGGUGCGAUUGGGGAAGAAUGUCUAUUUGCUCCCCUAGAAACCAUUGAAAGCCCAGCUAGAAGGCUAGUUAGGGUAAGAUUGAGGAGAAUGUCUUAUUUGCUUUCCUAGUAACCCAAAAGCCCAGCUAGAAGGCUAGUUAGGUUGGAUUUUGGGUGAAAAUAUGUUUGCUGUCCCAGAUAUUCUUGUAUAUUUUAUGUUAUGAGCAAAGGGGGGCCCUGAACAAAGAUUGGUCGCCCAAAGGGACAUGAACUGAUCUGCCCAGCAACAAACUUAUCACCCUAUUCAUGCCCAAUCAAAUCAGCACCCCGUGGGGCAAUGUCACUGAUCCAACAUAAGGCCAUCCCUGAACCGACUCAGCACCACACCUUGUUGCCACCUCACUAGCCGCCACACCAGUAUCCCUAUCGGCCUAUGGCACUGCAGAAUGUUGUAUAGGUACUAGUGUUUUUUAAAAGAAUUAAAAAUUUUUAUCAAGAAUAAACAACCGCGACAAACCGGCGGAGCACCGGCGAGACCAGCAGGCGAUCCAGAUUUGGUUCUGGUACCCCCAGCGACACGAUGGAGAGAUGGAGACAGUGCCGGUCUAUGGGGGGGGAUGAGAGACUGAUAGGAAGAAGAUGUUUAUAUAUAAUGUACCGAUGUAUUUACAGAAUAAGGCACGCUCUCACCGCCAUUUCCUAUCUAUACUCUAUUGGGUCCAUAUUUUAUCAAAGCUUUUUUUUGUAUAACGUUGGUGUUUCAGCGUCUGGAAUCCUCUAUAAAUAAACGCCUUUCAGACCU